AUGGAACCCGCCCUGGCCUCCGCUCCGGGGUCUGGAGUAACGGAGCCUUCUGCGACAUCUGAUACUCGUUCUGAUACCAAGACACCUCCUGUCGACGUCCCAUCUGCAACAUCUGCUACAACUUCCUUUGUCCCUGCCGAUAACUCUAUUCCAUUAUCCUCACCAUCAGCCCACCCGCUUCAAAUCGAAAAAGAGUCGCAUCCACCUUCUCCGAAAUCCUCUCCCGCACACGCUCGAUCUCAGACGGUAGACGUCCUACCCGGCUCGUCCUCCGUCUCCGGCUCUAUUGCGUCGCCUUCCGGUUCCGUUCAGUCUCCCAUCAGAGGUCCAAUUAAGCGCAAACCUCUGUCAUCAUCAGCAUCAGCAUUGGCAUUGCGAUACUCUGCGUCGGGAUCUCCCUUGCCGUCACCUCUGGACCUUGGAAAGCCGAGCCAGAGAUUCGCGAGACCUUGUUCAGUCGACAGUCCGACCCUCUACGAAUUCUCUCCUGCGCAACGCGCCGCACCACCAGCUGCCCCAGCUCCCGACGCCAACCUGGCGUCCCUUGCCGCGACAACCCCUGGAUCACAAAACAUUCCAGGACACAGCCCUACCAUCUCAAGUUCAGACUUCUCUGACGUCCUGGAUGGGUAUGAUGAUUUGAUAUCAGACUCAAAAUUAGAUUCUGCACCAGACAUUACCUCCGAGACCAUCCUUGAUGGGAGCGAUAGCGACGACGACAAGGUCCAGAAGAUUCAUUCAAGCGACAAAGAAACCGCCAUUGUUCCUAAAACUGCCGAGCCAACCGAUCGCUCUGAAACAGAGGUUCAAGGAACCCGAUCACCUGCAUCUGACGAUACUAUAUCAGAACAGACUCUCGCUUCCGCCCCCAUGUUUGUUCCAAAGCCAACACCACCACAUCUCAAACUCGACAAGGUCACAAUUGACGUUGCGAACUACGACACAUCACCGGAUGAACCACAUUCCCCCUCAGGUCAAGGAACACCACAGCUCAACAAACCAUUACCCAAGUCGCCGAGCCAGAAUUCACCAUUCGCUUCUCUUUUCCACUGGGCAGCACCAUCACCAUCUCCCUCUGCGACGGAAUUUUCGUCCACAUCAUCGCCAAUCUCCCCUUCGAAACGCGGCGCGGCCAAUGAUACCCCCUAUUCUACGGUUAGCAACCCUUAUUAUAUUCGCGAAGAUUCCUCAAGCGUGACGGAUAUCUCGAGCUCUCGUAACUCAUACUCAUCGGUUUCACAGUCCCCUACUUACGCGCAAAUCGACGAAAUGGAAGAUGAAUUAAAGGCCAUCAGCGCCGAGCUGGCAAGCUCAAUCCGGCGCGAGAUGGAUCUGGAAGACCUGGUAGAUCGACUCCAGGAACAAGUCAACAACCCUCAAGCUCCCGGUAAGAGGUCAAGCGAUUAUUACUCCGACUCGGGUUAUAGUUCGGCAAAGAUGAGUGAAGCCGAACCGAGUCGAGAGGAACUUGAGAAGAUUCAAAGGAGGGCCGAACAAGAGAAGGCCUCGAUAAGAUUAGAGCUCACAAAUAAGCUUCAGGAUGAAAGGGGCAAACGAAAAGCGCUCGACCACCAGAUCAAAGAGCUUGCCGAAAAAGCAUCGCAAAUCGACCUGGCGCAAUUGAAUAAUCAGGAUGCCAGUGGUCGACUUAAGGAUCUCGAGACUACAUGCGGCGAUCUCAGGAGGCGACUGUCUGAGGAGCGUGUUGUUAAGAACAACUUUGAGGACCUCAUCAAUGCCAUCAGGGGAGAGCUUCACGAGGCUACCAGUGAGCGAGAUAACCUUCGCGACGAAGUUGUUCCCCAACUGAGGGCUCGUGUCGAGGGCCUCGAGAUAGAGGCUGCUGAAUACUCGAACUUGACCUACGAGUCCUCCAAAAUGCAGCAAGAGCUCCAUAUGCUCAGGAAAGAAUACGACAACUUACGAGGCUCAUCAAGAUCUGGUUCCCCAACGCCUUCAAUGAACCGCAUGUCUCGUGCCAUGUCUGGCGGUUUUGGUGGCGGCCUUGCCCGAUCAAACUCGGUUGCGACUGGCUCGUUCCGUGGCCAACGACCCUCGGGUCUAUCAAGGUCUAACAGUGUUAAGAACCUACAGAACGAGUCCAGAGAGUCCCUUUCUGAGCGACUAAAGGAUGUCGAGGCCCAGAGAGAUGCCCUCCACAAGGCACUGAAAAACCUCCUUGAUCGACAAGAGUUUCAGAACCGCGAAAACGAAAAGAAGAUCAGAAUGCUACAGAACGAACGAGAGAGGCUCCUCUCAGCAUCUCCACGGAAGGCCGGGUUUGAAAGAGAAAUUUCAAACCUGCGCACAGAGAUCAACGUUCUUCGUCGCCGAGCUGAAGAUGCGCUUGAGCAGAAGUGGCAGGUCGAAAGCGGUCUGGGCGGACUGAAGAUGGAUUUGGAUAAGGCUGAAGAGGAAAUUUCUUUGCUUCGCAACCUCCUCAAGGAGAAGGACAUCCUUAUUCCCGAAUCAUUCGCCCGCUCAAGUGGCUCCAGCAACGCAAGCAGCUCGUUUGGUAACCUGAGUACGCCGGUUACAUCUGAGUCGCUUGCCAAGGCCUACAAUGAGCUCAAGGCUGCUUAUGCUGAGUCACUCGAGCGGAUCAAGCAGCUCGAGCAUGAGACCGUUGGCGAUGAGAAGACUCAGCUCGCUGUUCAGCGACUAGAGCGCACUCUGUCCAUUGCAGUCUCUGAACGCGAUGCCGCUCAACACGAGGUUGAGAAUCUCAAAAAUCAGUAUGAUACCAUGAGCGAAUACGAGGUCAAGACUAUGGAAAGUGAGCGCGCUCUUGCCGACGAGCUUAACGACUCUGCUCGUCGAGUUGGAGAGCUUGCAACCCAGGUUCAACAACAACUGGCGGCAAAUGCUCAGCUUCGAGAGCGUCUCUCUAACGCUGUCGUGCGAGGCGACAACGAUCGCAAGGCUAACUCGGAUCGAAUCGCUGACCUACAAGUCCGGCUCAAGUCUAUGGAAGAGCAACUCAUCGCUGCCCAGUCAGCAUCUGAAGAUCGUGUCAACCGUCACGAGGAGGAGAUUGCUGCUAUUCGCGAGGCGCAUAAUGCCCAGCUCCAGCGCAUGAGCAACAACACCGGACUCAGCGGCCCCCGAUCUCCUAACUUUCAGGCCAACCGCAAGCCUUCACUCCUCAGCCCCCUAUCGCCACGAUUCCCUGGCGCUCUACGCUCCCCUCGCCUGCCCGAGAAGUCUUUUGAGGAUGCCGCCCAGAUGGAGGUGCUCCGCAACCGCAUUGCUGAGUUGGAGAAGGCACUCGAGGACGCUGAGCAAGAGAUGCAGGACGUCGUGGCCAGGAUGAGCACCGCCCAGAUUGAGGUGCUCAACCUGCAAGAUGAGCGAGAGGCCGCUGUCCGCGAGACACGACGCCUACAGAAGCUUCUGGAGCAAGAGCAAAUGAAAUCAUUUGAGGAUAGAUUUAAGACGCUUAGUGGCAGCGUUUGA